GAGCGCGCCGGGCCGUUCGGUCCGUAGCCGCGUUUUCGGCCGCUUCCUUCUUCUCUCCCCGCCUCCCGGCCUUCGCAGUAACGCGGCCCGGGCAGGAGCCCAGCCGGAGCCGGAGCCGGAGCCGGAUCCGCAGCCGCAGAGACGUGGAAACAUGGAGGCCUGAGCUGGCUUGCGCACUCGGGCUGCGGCGGCGACCACAGCUUCUCCCUAUCCUCCUCUGCCACCCGCUCGUCGGUCAAUGAACUGGAAGCGGAUCUCCCCGCCGGCUGAGGCAGGUUGUGUUGUGGAAAUGAAGGUUUAAGGACAAGCUAUUUUCCACAUUAGAAGAUGGGAUCGAACAGCAGCAGAAUCGGUGAUCUUCCUAAAAAUGAGUACUUAAAAAAGUUAUCAGGCACAGAAUCUGUCUCUGAGAAUGACCCGUUCUGGAAUCAACUUCUCUCGUUUUCUUUCCCUGCACCAACCAGUAGUACUGAGUUGAAGCUCCUGGAGGAGGCAACCAUUUCAGUCUGCAGGUCUUUAGUUGAGAACAAUCCUCGAACAGGAAACUUUGGUGCGCUAAUUAAGGUCUUCCUUUCUAGAACCAAAGAACUAAAACUUUCUGCAGAAUGUCAGAACCACAUCUUCAUUUGGCAGACACACAAUGCUUUGUUUAUUAUUUGCUGUUUGCUGAAAGUGUUCAUCUGUGAGAUGUCAGAGGAGGAAUUACAACUUCAUUUCACUUAUGAAGACAAAUCUCCUGGCAGUUACAGUUCUGACUCAGAAGAUCUUUUGGAAGAAUUGCUCUGCUGUUUGAUGCAGUUAAUCACCGAUAUUCCACUCUUAGAUAUCACAUAUGAGAUAUCAGUAGAAGCCGUAUCAACCAUGGUUGUUUUCCUUUCCUGCCAACUCUUCCACAAGGAAGUUUUGCGACAGAGCAUCAGUCACAAGUAUUUGAUGCAAGGUCGAUGUCUUCCAUACACCAGCAAACUUGUGAAAACCUUAUUGUAUAACUUCAUCAGACAAGAAAAGCCGCCGCCUCCGGGAGCGCACGUUUUCCCUCAGCAGUCGGAGGCGGGAGGACUGCUCUACGGCCUUGCUUCAGGAGUAGCGACUGGACUCUGGACUGUCUUCACACUGGGCGGUGUGGGCAGCAAAGCAGCUGCCACCCCAGAACUUUCUUCCCCUCUGGCCAACCAGAGUCUCCUGCUUCUGCUGGUGCUGGCCAACCUGACAGAUGCUGCAGAUGCUCCAAACCCCUACAAGCAGGCCAUUAUGUCCUUUAAGAAUACACAAGAUAGCAGUCCUUUCCCCUCAUCAGUUCCACAUGCUUUCCAGAUUAACUUUAACAGUUUGUACACAGCUUUGUGUGAACAGCAGACGUCUGAUCAAGCAACCCUCCUCUUGUAUACGUUGCUCCAUCAGAACAGUAAUGUGAGAACGUAUAUGUUGGCUCGCACAGAUAUGGAAAAUCUUGUUUUACCAAUUCUUGAGAUUCUAUAUCAUGUUGAAGAAAGAAAUUCACACCAUGUGUAUAUGGCCCUUAUAAUACUGUUGAUCCUUACGGAAGAUGAUGGCUUCAAUAGAUCCAUUCACGAAGUGAUAUUAAAAAAUAUUACUUGGUAUUCAGAACGAGUUUUAACUGAAAUUUCUCUGGGGAGUCUCCUGAUAUUGGUCGUAAUAAGAACCAUUCAGUACAACAUGACAAGGACAAGAGACAAGUACCUUCACACAAAUUGUCUGGCAGCCUUAGCAAAUAUGUCGGCACAGUUUCGUUCUCUCCAUCAGUAUGCUGCCCAGAGGAUCAUCAGUUUGUUUUCCUUGCUGUCUAAAAAACACAACAAAGUUCUGGAACAAGCCACACAGUCCUUGAGAGGUUCGCUGAGCUCCAAUGACACUCCUCUACCAGAUUAUGCACAAGACCUAAAUGUCAUUGAAGAAGUGAUUCGGAUGAUGUUGGAGAUCAUCAAUUCCUGCCUGACAAAUUCUCUUCACCACAAUCCAAACUUGGUGUAUGCACUGCUCUACAAACGGGAUCUCUUUGAACAAUUUCGAACUCAUCCUUCAUUUCAGGAUAUAAUGCAGAAUAUUGAUCUGGUGAUCACCUUCUUUAGCUCAAGGUUGCUACAGGCUGGAGCUGAGCUGUCAGUGGAACGGGUCCUGGAAAUCAUCAAGCAAGGGGUUGUUGCCCUGCCCAAAGACAGGCUGAAGGCUGUGCCACCUGGACCCAGCCACUCAGCCUCUGCAGACCCCACUUCACCUUCCAUCAGUGGGGUCUGCCAUGUGGACCUUGGCGGGACAUUGUGGUGACUGACCACGACGCUGCUUGUGGAGCUUCCAGACAGACUUGGUGUGCAGGGAGCACUCAGUGGGUGGUAGCUACACCUGUUACUAAAAUGCAUAUUUUUCAUGGAAAAGAAUAUGGUCGUGUUGCUGCCUGUGAGACACCUGAUUCCAUGACAGAGACUUAUUACCACCUUGAAGAACCCUGUCCCCCCACGCCUAAGAACCUUGUGCCAGGCGGAAGCAGCAGAGAGUAUGAGAGGUGGCCCAUCAAGGAUGCCCAGGCCCCCAAAAGAGCACGCAGCCGCUGAGUGGUCAUGGUGCAUCCAGAGAAUGCUGGCCCAGGGUGGGAGGCAUUCAGGGGGACUUUGUGAGUGGAUGACAAGGGAAUAGAAAACUGGGGGACCUAAUUAAGUCCCAGUCGUGUCAGUAAGUGCUGGAAGUAGUGCCACAUCCCUGAGCUGAUGAGACUUUGUUGGCCAGACUGACCAGAAGAGCCCAGUGGGAGAAGUUGUCCUCUAAAUCACAGUCGUUACCAUUGCUGUCUGCGCACGCCGAGACUUCAAGCCUACGCUGGUGAUGAGAAAGAGCUGACUGGAAACACCGAUAGUCUGAAAAGUCUUAGGAUUUCGUUAAACCAGAGUAGUUUUGCAAAGGCUUCUGGAGUAUGGGCUACAGAGAGGAUGAGGGAGCAUCUAGGGUCGUUGGAGGUGGGGGAGGUUCGAGAAUCCAUUUGUGUCAAUUCUGCAUUGCCAUGAUGCCCUGGGAGCCAUGGAGUGGAGUGGUUUUCAUUAAAGACGUGAGGGAUGGGGAUUGUACUGUCUGUAUUAUGUUGUAACAUCCGUGACCACAGUACCCUCCUUUUCAGGAAUCCCUAGACACUUGUUUCAAGAUUUAACUCAAAACUCAUCUUGCCACAAAGCAUUUCCUGCUUAACUCGGCCCCUCUCUCAUCAUUCUGGAACUCUGAGGAUCCAGCACUUAGGUGUUUGGUCUUAAUCGUUGUAAAUGUUGUUUUAAAAUUUCCAUCACUCUGUGUGUGUGUGUGUAGGUCCCCUACCUACCCGCCUCUUUCCUUUUAAUAUCUUCUGAAUCUACCUAACUAGUGUCAUCCGCCUUGGUUCGGGCCAUUUGCCCUCACCUGGACCAGACCCUGCCCCCGCUGCUGCCAGGUGCCCUCUAGUUCUCUGCGCUGUGAUCGGAGUAGACCCCGCACAGAGCCUCUCUCUUCAGGUGGCCUCUCAGACCCUUCACUUGCUUUCCGGACCUUAGCGUGGAGGCCGAGUCUCCAUGCGGCUCCUCUGCCUCCCCAUCCUCCCGCCCCUGGGCCCGGCUCUCCAGGGCCUGCUCUUCCUCCGCCCCCUCUCUGCCCCCAGCAGUCACCUCGUGGCCUUCCCUCCGCGCUGCUCCCUCAGGAGGGACACACGUCCUUCCUCACCUGGCUGCCCCUCCACCACCCUCCAGCCUCUCGAGCCUCUUGUCCUUCCCUCUCUUACUACCCACUCUGUUAUCAUUGUUUUGAUGUUGCUGCUGUGUAUUCGUCUCUCUCCUCAAGAAGGCAGCUCUGUGAGGACAGGAGUGUGUGUGGCUACUGCACCCUGUGUCCUGGGCCCUGGCAUGCACAGUGACUGCUGGCACAGAGUAGCAGACGCUCAGCCAAUAGAAUGAGUGAAUAAAUGACUCACGUAAGACAGUAUACGUGAGGCACUGACCAUUGUACCGGGGAUACAGUUGGUCCUCAGUGUGUGAUUGCUGGUGUCACUGGUUCAUUCAGUCAUCGGAUUGUCAAGUGCCCGGCCACUGUGGGGACACAGCAGCAAACAGAACAGAUAAAGACUGCUCUGCUCGUCGCCGUGCCUGCUGUGUGCGCGUCUCCCCUCCUCUGUCAGCCCACUUCCUCAGCCCGCCCCACCCUCCUCUCAGGACGCUGUGGCCCCUUCUCCUGUCCCCCCGGGACACAGGUCACUGAACGGCAGCCAGUCUCCCCCGAGUCACCUUGGCAAGGGAAGAGGCCAGGGCUGUCAGCAAACUCCAGCGCCUCCUCAGCCUGCUGGAGGAGGUGAGUCAGGAGGAAAACUGGAAGAGAAGCCCACAUCCUGGUGAUGGUGCUACCGAGGACCUGGGGCCACGUGCCUUCCCACUUCCAGAGACCACGAGCGUAGGCUCAGCGCCUGGGGGUGUUUGUCCAGCUAGGCCGAAGCCCUUCCUGAGCCCCCGUGAGGACUCACUGCGGGCCCCUGCACAGCUGAAGCCAUCACCACCGGCCGGAGGCGGAGGCCAUGCAGCGCAGGUCAAAACUCAGGAAUGGUGAGGGGAAGCCCUCGUCUCCACGGUGACUCCACCCUGGUGAGAAGGCGGAGUCCCUCGAGAAGAAGCAACCCUCAGCACUGCGCAGAAGACCGCCUUCUCUGGAACCCCGUCUGCCACCCACGAGGGGCCGUUUCCCAGUGUGAUGCUUCCCGUCCCACCCCUCCCCC